UCCCCGUUUUCUUGUUCUCUUUUCCUCCAAUUCCAAAGCUUUUUCUGUUCGGUGCUUUGCUUUGUCUUCUGUUCUUAGUCUCACUUUUUGGUUCGAACCUUUUCUGGGUUUAUAGCGGGAAAGGUUCCUUUUUUUUCCGCCUUCUUGUUUAAUCUCAAAGGCCCUGAAGAUUCUUCUUCUCAUCCUGCGAUGCCCUUCUCCUAUUGUUAUAUGUUGUCGGAUUCGAAGAGUAGAUCAUGCCUCUGCAGCCUCUUCAUCACCGCGGCUUUGCUCUGUGGUGCUUACUUCAUCGGCAGUGCUUAUAUAGCUAACGAAUUCAGAGAAAAAUUGCUAAGAUGGGAAGUCACAAAUAAGUCGCAGAACCCAAAAUCCAAUACUUGCAAGAAGCAAUGUAGGCCUCCAGGUACGGAGGCGUUACCACAAGGAAUCAUUACCAAAACAUCGAACCUUGAAAUGCAGCGGUUAUGGAGCUACGAUAUGAAAAAGAGCAAACCAAACCAUUCAAUGAGCUUGUUAGCUAUGGCGGUUGGAAUCAAGCAAAAGGAAGUGGUUAACAAAAUUAUUCCCAAGUUUCCUCCCCGAGAUUUUGCGGUGAUGCUUUUUCAUUACGAUGGUGUUGUUGACGAGUGGAAGCAAUUCCCCUGGAACGAGCAUGUCAUACACGUUUCUGUGAUGAAUCAAACGAAAUGGUGGUUUGCCAAGCGGUUCUUGUAUCCGGACAUAGUCGCCGAGUACGAGUAUAUAUUUCUUUGGGAUGAAGACAUAGGGGUUGAGAAUUUCAAUCCGAAAAGGUAUUUAUCGAUUGUUAAGGACGAGGGGCUUCAGAUAUCGCAACCUGCACUCGACACUACAAAGUCCGAAGUUCAUCAUCCCAUUACGGCUCGUCAGAGAAACUCAAGAGUGCACAGGAGAAUGUAUAAAUACAAAGGUAGCGGGCGAUGUGACGAUCAUAGCACUGCUCCCCCAUGCAUAGGUUGGGUUGAAAUGAUGGCACCCGUUUUCUCCCAAGCAGCGUGGAGAUGUGCUUGGCAUAUGGUUCAGAAUGAUUUGAUCCACGCAUGGGGUCUCGAUAUGCAGCUCGGUUACUGUGCCCAGGGCAAUAGGAUGAAAAAUGUCGGUGUUGUUGACGCUGAGUACAUAGUACAUUACGGUCUUCCAACGCUUGGUGUGACCGAAUCAGAGUCAAGUCCCAGCCGGGUAAGUUUCGCGCAAAAGGAGACAUUGUCGGACCAAGAAGCACCGGCCCCAUCCGAGUCCCGAGAAGUCGACAAUCGACCCGAGGUGAGGAGACAGUCAUACAUAGAGAUGCAGAUGUUCAAGGAGCGGUGGAAGAAUGCUGUGAGGAACGACAAAUGCUGGGUCGAUCCUUACUGAGAAAAAUAGCGAAAGGCUUCUUCUGAUCAACGGAGCGGGAACUUGGAGUUAAAAAGAAAUGACAGAAUCUUUCUUUUUGCGACAGAUUAUGUAUAUAUGUUCGGUUUUUUUUUUUUUUUUUUUUUUGGU